AUGGGUCGUUGCCUGACGUUAUUUGUCGUAACUCUUUUCGUUUGUUCACAGGUUAUGUUUAUCGAGGGCAAAACUGUUACUAGAACCUCUAAUAGAUGCGGUCCAGGAAACACUAAAGUACCAAAAAACACGCCUUUAAGAAGACCAGGAGGAAAUCCUAACAUGCCGGGUCCUUAUAUCCCGGGUACCAACAGAAAUUCACACAGAAAUUUUCUUUAUUAUUAUUAA